GUUUGAGAAUUACCCACAUUUUAACAUAAAAACAUUUUUUUCUAACACAGAGAUGACAGAAAUGUGUGGUACUGGCGAUUUUGGCAAAAUGUUCAACCGAGCAAAGCCUUAUUUGUUCACAGUGGGGUUGCAAUUUGGGAUGGCUGGAACAUACGUGUUCAGCAUGGCCAGUCUGAAUCAUGGGAUGAGUCGCUUGGUGUUCGUUGUGUACCGCAAUGUCAUCGCUGCAGUUGCGCUCGCUCCGUUUGCAUUGUUCUUUGAAAGGAAGACUAGGCCGAAGAUGACACUCUCUGUGUUCGUACAAAUACUAGCUCUUGGAUUUCUUGAGCCAGUAAUUGAUCAAGGCUUCACUUUCUUGGGGAUGCAAUACACCUCAGCUUCAUUUGCAUCUUCUGUCAUGAACGCCGUACCCUCCGUGACCUUUGUGUUAGCAGUAAUACUCAGGUUAGAGCGUGUAAAAAUCAAAGAGUUAAGAAGUCAAGCAAAGGUGAUUGGAACCUUGGUAUCAUUUGCAGGGGCCUUGUUAAUGACACUGUACAAAGGUCCUCAAGUUCACCUAUUCCAUAACCCAAACACAACUCACCAGGAGAGUGGAAAUCACUCCACUCAGAGUCACCAACACUGGAUCGCAGGGACUCUCUUUAUUGGUCUGGGUUGUUUGGCUUGGUCUUCUUUCUACAUUUUGCAGUCCAUAACAAUAAGAAGGUACCCUGCGGAACUAUCACUAUCAUCCUUGAUUUGUUUGGUUGGUGCUAUGGAAAGUGCUGUGGUUGCAUUGGUUGCAGAACAUCGCUCUCAAGCAUGGACUAUUGGUUUUGAUUACAGGCUCUAUGGCCCUCUCUACACUGGUAUAAUCAGUUCGGGUAUAGCAUAUUAUGUACAAGGGUUGGUAAUGAAAAGCAGAGGUCCAGUGUUUGUUACAUCCUUUAAUCCUCUUUGCACGAUCAUCGUUGCAGCUUUGGGUUCCUUCAUUUUAGGAGAACAUCUCUACCUGGGAAGUAUUAUUGGAAGCAUCAUCAUCGCAGUGGGUCUUUACUCUGUGGUUUGGGGAAAAGGGAAGGACUAUGUAGACCUCACAUCACCAUCAGGAACAACAACACCAACAAAGGAAACGGAAAAUUUACAGCUGCCAAUUUCCUCAUCAACUAAUACUAAAUAACAGGGGAAUUAACAUAUUAAUUAAUUAAUUAAAAGAAAGUUGUAUAAGGCUCAAACCCUUGAUUAUCUUGUGUCUACGGAUAAUGUGACAAAAAUUGUCGUGUAGGGUAAAUAUGGUGGUGUUUGUUAGUGUUGCCAUUGGCAAUAUAACAUGAGCCAUGUUAUGUUGAAAGUUGAAACACGACUUUGUUUAGAUUAAUACUUUGUUAAAUCAAGUGUUUACUAUCUUUUUAUCA